UUACAAUGACGGCCUACUAAAAGGCAAAAGGCCUCCUACGGCGGCUGGGAUUCAAAAUAAGAAUACAUCUGCUCUGUUCAUCUUUCCAUUCGAUCCUGACUAGUCUCCCAGUCCCUGCCGCUGAAAAACAACCCCACAGCAUGAUGCUGCCACCACAAUGCUUCUCCGUAUUUGCUCUGUUGUUUACAGGAUGAUUUGUAUCUUAUAGAGCGUGGCUUUAAGGGAGUAGUAAGUUCACAUCUAGAUACAAACGAAUGUGAAAAAUGAACAGAGCAAAUGUGCUUUAACACACAACCUAUUCAUGGAAGUAUUUAUUCAUCAUCCAUGCUUCUACACCUGCAUUGCUUGCUGUUUGGGGUUUUAGGCUGGGUUUCUGUACAGCACUUUGAGAUAUCAGCUGAUGUAUGAAGGGCUAUAUAAAUACAUUUGAUUUGAUAUUCAUAUUAAGCAUCUACGUCUGUGUACAGGAAAGUAUUAUUUGUAAGACGUAAGGGAAAAAACAUCAGCUUAUUGUUAAAUUAUUAUGACGUUCUUUCCAGUACAAAAAGUGUAGUAACUGUUGUUUCUAAACUGCGUUACCCACUCCAGUCAGCAGAUGGCGGAUGUGCGUCUUUCAGGUGAUGCUUCUUGCGUGACGUAUAAUUUACUGGACGGAACGCUUCUUCACCAACAACAACGCACCUACUCUUUCAUCCAUCUUGGUAGCUUGCUUGCCAACAUAAAGCUGAAAGAUUGACGCUUUAGACCACGUUAAUGUAAAUUAUCUACUCUCAAUGUUGUAAACACAAUUCUGUAGACGUAUUAACUGGUUAACUUGAACCUAAUUUGCUUGUUCAAUUUGCAAACUUGUUAAAGAUUGAUGCUGAGCCUACCACUAGGCUAGUCGCUAAUGCUAACUAGCUAGCUAACAUUACUGACCAUGAGUUCACUAAACUACUCAUCCCCUGCUAAAGAAGAGGAGGUCUGCUGUACGGAGAAAGAAGCUCUGGCGCUGAACAUUGUUGUGGAAGAAGAAGAGGAGGGUAUUACAGUGAAAGGAGAGAAAGAACCUUUCAGAAUGGAAGAGGAGGCUGUUAUAGUGAAGGAAGAAGAGAAAGAACCUUUCAGAAUGAUAAAGGAGGAAGAGGAGGCUGUUAUAGUGAAAGAAGAGGAGGCUAUUAUAGUGAAGGAAGAAGAGGCUGUUAUAGUGAAGGAAGAAGAGGCUAUUAUAGUGAAGGAAGAAGAGGCUGUUAUAGUGAAGGAGGAAGAGGCUGUUAUAGUGAAAGAAGAAGAGAAAGAACCUUUCAGAAUGAAAAAGGAGGAAGAGGAGGCUAUCUCAAUAAAGGUGAAGAUGGAAGACGUUUUUGGGAUGAAAGAGGAGGAGACAGAAAAUCUGAUAAACACCAGAGAGAGACAUGACUAUUGUGGAUCCUCUGGGGAGCCUCAUCAACAUCCUGAUGCUGACGAGUCAGAGAAGAGUCUCUCCAGAUCAGAACACCAGAUGGACAACGCUAGCCCUUCCUCCCUCCCGAAGUCCCUGUGUCGUGGCUCUCCCGGUAGCGCCUUACUGCUGGGUAUGAAGAGGUUGUCUGUGCUACUGGUGGACUGCAGGAAAUCAACGGGGCUGAGUGGAACUGUGAGAGGAGGAGAAGAGAAGAAAGGAUCAGAUUUGACUCAUCAAAGAGAAAGACCAGACUCAGAGGAACCAGAGCCAGGGACGUCCAAACCAGCAAGACGAUACCAGUGCUCCCACUGUAGAAAGGGUUGUAACCGUUUAUGGGACCUGAAACAACAUGAGAAAAUACACACAAGGGAUAAGCCUUACCACUGCUCCCAGUGUGGAAAGAGUUUUAAGCUUUUAGGAACCCUUAAAGCUCAUGAGAGAAUACACACAGGGGAUAAAAUACACACAAGGGAGAAGCCUUACCACUGCUCCCAGAGUGGAAAGAGUUUUAACCAGAAAGCACACCUGAAAGCCCAUGAGAGAAUACACACAGGGGAGAAGCCUUACCACUGCUCCCAGUGUGGAAAGUGUUUCAACCAGUCAGGGGAGCUGAAACAACAUGAGAGAAUACACACAGGGGAGAAGCCUUACCACUGCUCCCAGUGUGGAAAGUGUUUCAAACAGCCAGGGCAUCUGAAACGGCAUGAGAUAAUACACACAGGGGAGAAGCCUUACCACUGCUCCCAGUGUGGAAAGUGGUUCAGCCAGUCAUGGGAGCUGAAACGGCACGAGAGAAUACACACAGGGGAGAAGCCUUACCACUGCUCCCAGUGUGGACAGUGUUUCAAGCAGUCAAGGGAGCUGAAACAACAUGAGAGAAUACACACAGGGGAUAAGCCUUACCACUCCUCCCAGGGUUCAAAGCUUUUUGAGUUGGCUGAUAUCCCAUUUAAUGAGCUAACAUCCCUGACCAUGAGCUCAUUAAACUACUCAUCCCCUGUUAAAGAAGAGGAGGUCUGCUGUACGGAGAAAGAAGCUCUGGCGCUGAACAAUGUCGUGGAAGAAGAAGAGGAGGGUAUUACAGUGAAAGAAGAGAAAGAACCUUUAAUAAUGAAAAAGGAGGAAGAAGAGGUUGUUAUAGUGAAGGAAGAAGAGGCUGUUAUAGUGAAAGAAGAAGAGGCUUUUAUAGUGAAGGAAGAAGAGAAAGAACCUUUCAGGAUGAAAAAGGAGGAAGAGGAGGCUAUCUCAAUAAAGGUGAAGAUGGAAGACGUUUUUGGAGUGAAAGAGGAGGAGACAGAUUAUCUCAUUAUCACCAGACAGAGACAUGACUAUUGUGGAUCCUCUGGGGAGCCUCAACAACCUCCUGAUGCUGACGAGUCAGAGAAGAGUCUCUCCAGAACAGAACACCAGAUGGACAACGCUAGCCCUUCCUCCCUCCUGGAGUCCCCGUGUCAUGCCUCUCCCGGUAGCACCUUACUGCUGGGUAUGAAGAGGUUGUCUGUGCUGCUGGUGGACUGCAGGAAAACAACGGGGCUGAGUGGAACUGUGAGAGGAGGAGAAGAGAAGAAAGGAUCAGAUUUGACUCAUCAAAGAGAAAAACCAGACUCAGAGGAACCAGGGACGUCCAAACCAGCAAGACGACACCAGUGCUCCCACUGUGGAAAGAGUUUUAACCACUUACGUAACCUGAAAACACAUGAGAGAAUACACACACAGGUAAAGCCUUACCACUGCUCUCAGUGUGGAACGGGCUGUAACCGGUUAAGGGACCUGAAACAACAUGAGAGAAUACACACAGGGGAGAAGCCUUACCACUGCUCCCAGUGUGGAAAGAGUUUUACUCAGUUAUGUAACCUGAAAACACAUGAGCGUAUACACACAGGGGAGAAGCAUUACCACUGCUCCCAGUGUGGAAAGAGUUAUACAACAUUUGGGAGCCUGACAAUACAUGAGAGAAUACAUACAGGAGAAAAGCUGUACCACUGCUGUCAGUGUGGAAAGAGUUUUAACCAGAAAGGAUACCUGAAACAACAUGCUAGAAUACACACAGGGGAGAAGCCUUACCACUGCUCCCAGUGUGGAAAGAGUUUUAACCAGAAAGCCCACCUGAACCAACAUGAGAGAAUACACACAGGAGAGAAGUCUUACCACUGCUCCAAGUUUGGGAUGGGUUUUAACCAGUUAAGUGACCUGAAACGACACGAGAGAAUACAUACAGGGGAGAAGCCUCACCACUGUUCCCAGUGUGAAAAGAGUUUUACAAUGUUGGGGAGCCUGAAAAUACACGAGAGAAUGCAUACAGGGGAAAAGCCAUACCACUGCUCCCAGUGUGGAAAGGGUUUUACUACAUUAGGGACCUUGAAAAUACAUGAGAGAAUGCAUACAGGAGAAAAGCCAUACCACUGCUCCCUUUGUGGAAAGAGUUUUACCCACUUAAGUAACCUGAAAACACACGAGAGAAUACACACAGGGGAGAAGCCUUACCACUGCUCCCAGUGUGGAAAGAGUUUUACCCACUUGUGUAACCUGAAAACGCAUGGGCGAAUACAUACAGGGGAGAAGCCUUACCACUGCUCCCAGUGUGAAAAGAGUUUUACAGAGUUAGGUAACAUGAGAAGACAUGAGAUAAAACACAGAGGAGAUAAAGAUGUAGGCUGCUGAACAUUAAGACAUAGGACAAAUAUAGGCCUCUGAACAGUGAGAAAUGGUACAGGUGCAGGUCCAAUACAUGGUGGGUCAGUAUAGGCCUCUGAACAGUGAGAAAUAGUACAGGUGCAGGUCCAAUACAUGGUGGGUCAGUAGUCCUCAGAGACUGAAUGUAGCUUGACUUUCCAGUGUUUUCCCUACUGCAUGUAUUAAAGUGGAUUGUGUUUGUGUGUUUCACAAAAUGAAUUUCCAUGUAAAUGGACAAAGUAUAUCAUAUUUUGUAUAUCGUACUUUGAUCUCAAUUUGAGAGAAAAAAUAUCCAGUUAGAGCAGGGUUUCCCAACUCAGUCCUUGGGGGAAGGUCAGCUUUAAUAUUGAACAUAGAAUGGAGAUUCCAUCAAUGUAAUUGUCUGCAUCAUGGGUAAAUAUACAUAUAUACUGUUAUCUCAGAAUGAUGUUGGGGAUAAUUAAGGAGUGGUCCUAUAAUGUAAACUCUUUACAUGUAUAACUUCAAGUUAAACAAUAAUUUUCACUCAUGACAACUGGUUUCAAUUACAUUUUCAUCAAACUAACAAGCAAAUACUUUCUGAAUUUAUUGUUACAAAUCAACUUGCAAGGUUUCUAGCCAACUAGCCUGCUAACAUUAGCCUUACCAGCCUAUGUAUAAUGUACACUACCAUUCAAAACUUUUAGAACACCUCAGUUUUUCCAGUUUGUAUUGAAAUUCAUACAGUUGAAUGUCUUAAUGUACUCUGAAAUUAAAGCAUCGAAACAAAUAAACAAUUGGAGACAACAAAAAAAAAUGGUGGAGUUGUUUUAU